AUGUUUAGUAAACAACAAUCUAUUUCAAAUGAUUAUAUAGACCAUUCAAAUAAUUCACAAUGUCAACUACAACAACAACCAAUAGAAAUGAAAAUUGGUCAUCAUAAUCAUAAUCAUAUUUAUCAUCACUCUAGUCACUCAAGUCACUCAAGUAGUAGUAAUAAGACAGAGAAAAAGAAAAAGUUUUUAGACUUUUACAAGAGUGGAAAACAAAAGAUUAUGAUAUCAUUUUAUAAUAUUUAUAGAAAUUAUCCAUCAUCUCCACCUUCAUUUACAAAUUCACCAAUAUGGAUGAUGGGUCAAUGUUAUAAUCGAAAAAGACAAUUAACCUUUAAUAAUAAUAAUCAAAAUUUUAGUUUGAUUCAAACUCAACCUCAACAUCAACCAAUUUUAACAUCACAAUCACAAAUACUUUAUUCCUCUACUUCAUCAUCUUCUUCUUCAUCAUUUUCAUCAUCAAAAAGUGGAAUAUUUAAUUCAUUAUUUAAUAGUACAAUUUCAUCAUCUCCUCCUCAACAACAACCACAAAAUAUAACGAUUCAAAAAAACUAUUGUAAUAUUACAGAUGAAGCAAUGGAAGUUGAAAGAUUUUUAGAAGAUUUUAAAUCAAUUCUAUGGUUUAGUUAUCGAAAAGAUUUUCCAUCAAUCGAAAAUACCAGUAUCACAACUGAUAUUGGUUGGGGUUGUAUGUUGAGAACUGGUCAAAUGAUUUUAGCUCGUGCUCUAUUAAAACAUUUUUAUAAUAAUGAAAAUAUACCAUAUGGAGAAAAAAUUAAAACAAAUUCAAAAUAUAAAAAGAUAAUGUCAUGGUUUUGUGAUUAUCCAUCAAAAGAGAAUUUUUAUAGUAUUCAUCAAAUUGUACAUAAAAACAAGAUCAUUACCAAAUAUAAUAAUAGUAAAUUAAAGGAUUUUGACAUUGAUUCUGAUGAUCAAGACGAUUGGAACAAUGUCGAUGAAUGGUUUGCACCAACAAAGAUUGCUGUAGUUUUAAAACUACUUGUAAAAUCUCAUCAUUCAUCUUCAAUUGCAAUGUAUGUUCCAUCUGAUGGUGUAGUUUAUAAAGAUAGAGUUGCAAAAAUUUGUACCAUCAGAGAUGAUCAAUCAGCUCCGGCAAGAGUACCAUUAUCACUAUCAUUACCAGCAGGAAUCAAAUUAUUUUCAACAACCUCUCCUUCAUCACCAAAUUUAUUUGUACCAUCACAAAGUACAGGAAAUUCAAUGGAAGAUCAAUCUUUUUUAGUUGGUGAAGAGGAAGAUAAUACAGAUAAUAAUAGUAAUCAAAGUAAUUGGAAAUCAUUAAUCAUUUUGGUACCAGUUAAAUUGGGAUUGGAUAAAUUAAAUGAAAUCUAUUUUAGUGGUAUAAAGGCAAUGUUACAAAUGCCUUCAAGUAUUGGUCUCAUUGGUGGUAAACCAAAACAAUCAUUUUAUUUUGUUGGAUUUCAAGAUGAACAUAUCAUUUAUUUAGAUCCUCAUUUUGUUCAUGAUACUAUUCAUCCUUUUGAUUCAAAUUUUUUAAAUUCAUAUCAUGAUUGUAUACCACAAAAAAUGCAUUUCUCACAAAUUGAUCCAUCAAUGGCAUUUGGAUUUUAUUGUCAUACCUAUAAAGAUUUUGAACAAUUUUGUAUUAGAAUUAAAGAAAUUGAAGCAAGUGGUUUCCCAAUCUUAUCAAUCGGUGAAACUUCUCCAGAUUAUCAAAUAGAAUGUGAUGAUGAAUUGGAAAAUCUUGAAGAAUUUGAAGAAGAAGAUAAUAUUCCAACAACAAAAAUGAAUCUAAACCUAAAUAAUAACACAACUAUGGAUGAUAGUAGUAGUGAUAAUGAUGAUUUGGAUGGUUUUACUAUGGUCAAUUAA